AUGUUCUUAACUAAAGUUUUAGUCUCAUUAGUCUUUGUUCUAUUAGCUCAAGGUGCUUCAAUUAAAAGAUCAAAUGGUUAUAUUCAAUUACCAUUCAAACAUUCAUACGGUGAUCAUAAAAAUGUUACAAGAUUUUCGGAUAAACCAUACUAUGAAAUCUCAAGAGAUGGUUUAAAUAAAAGAGGUACAGAUCCAGCUACAUUAAUUAACGAACAAUCUUAUUAUGCUGUUGAUAUUACUGUUGGUCAGUCACCAGUUACUGUUUUAUUAGACACUGGAUCAUCAGAUUUAUGGGUUGUUGAUUCAGAUGCAUACUGUGAAUCUAAUGCCAAUUGUUAUAGUUCAGGUACUUAUACUUUAACUUCAAAUGCUAAAGAUACAGGUUAUGGAUUUAGUAUUGGUUAUGGUGAUGGUUCAGGUGCAGAAGGAGAAUUUUACACUGAUAAUGUUAAAGUUGGUUCAGUUACAGUUAAAAAUCAACAAUUUGCUGAUGCAAGUAAUGCUGCUUCAGAUUUUGGUGUUUUAGGUAUUGCUAAAAAGGCACAAGAAGCUGCUCAACAAGAAUAUGAUAACUUACCUGUUAAUUUAGUUAAUCAAGGUUAUAUCUCAAAGAAUGCUUAUUCAUUAUACUUAAAUUCUGUAGAUGCUAAAGAUGGUGCUAUAAUUUUUGGUGGAAUUGAUCAUGAUAAAUAUUCAGGUAAUUUAGUUUCAUUACCAAUUACAACUGACAAAUAUUUAGCAGUUCAUUUAAAUUCAAUUUUAAAUGAUGGUUCAACUACUGAUACUAAUGCUGAUGUUGAUGUUGUUUUGGAUUCAGGUACUACUUUUGUUUAUUUACCAACAAAUGUAAUUCAAUCAAUUGCAUCUGCUUUUAACGCUCAAUAUUCAAGUGCCUCACAAAUUUAUGUUGUUGAUUGUAAUUGGACACAAUCAGAUAAAACUUUAACUUAUAACUUCGACGGUAUUUCAAUUACUGUCCCAUACGCAAAUUUAGUUGUUGAGUUACAUUACAAUGAUGGUACUUUUAGUGGUCAAUGUGGUAUUGGUAUUGUUGAUGCUGGUAAUAAAGGUCCAUUUAUCUUGGGUGAUAACUUCUUAAGAAGCGCCUAUGUUGUUUAUGAUUUAACUGAUAAUCAAAUUAGCUUAGCACAAGUUAAAUAUAGUGACAGCUCAAAUGUUCAAAGUUUAUAA